AUGACAGUCGCUGAGUCCUCGGAGGAGCUCGAACAUGAUACUGGAACCGAGAAGGACUCAGUGACUAAUACUUCUUUGUCUCCGGAAGUGAUUGCUGUUAGAGACUUGAUUAUUUCAUGGCUUACGAUGGUGCCUGUUGGUAUUAAUGUUCUGAACGUUGCGGUUGAAACCCUCAGGGCUGUUGCCCCCGAUGAUUCUAAGGAGACCUUUGGUGAAGGGGUUGAUGCUGCUUCAUUGGUGACUAACGUGCACGAAGGUCGUCGCAUUGCUCUUUCUUUGGAGCCUGUAGAAUUUUCUGGUACCGGUGAUCUGUUACCAUACCCUGUUUGGAAAAGAAGAUUCGAUCUACUUCGUCGUAGUAAUGGUCUCCUGGGAGAUCCCGUCAGUAUUUUCUAUGCUUUGAAUCGUUGUUUAUCUCCUGCUCUGGUUCUGACUCUUGAUCCUUCCCCACCGGGUCUUGGUCCGGUUGGUGGCUGGGUAGCGGAGAUUGCUCGUAUUUUCCGAUUCUUAUCACAAUCCUGCAGUGGGGUAUCUUUUGAUAUUGCUCGCGUUGAUGAUGAGCAACGGUUUGCAGUGACGUGUCAGAAGCCUAAUGAGAGUAUUGCUGAUUAUGUGGUGCGUUUCUCCAACGCUGCUUCCGAUCUGGCCGCUUAUACUGGGAAAAGUGUAUCCGAGGAUAAGCUCCGCACUAAUUUUAUUCGGGGUAUUUUGGUAUCUUGGAGGUUACAUGCACUUGAUAUUCUGUCUCGUGGCGACGAUUUUAUCACUUUGGUUGGUCAAAUCAUCACAACUGUGAGCAUUAUUAUGAUCAUCACCAUAAUGUGA